AUGUCAUCCCGAACCUCGAUCACGCUGAAGGAUCAGGUUGACACGUACGAUAUGGAGAGUCAGCCUCCUGUCUCGAAAGGUCAUGGCGGCAUCACCCAUUUGCUGACCGUCCAAGAUGGCGAUCAAGACCGGACGGAGACGAAAAGAAAUCCGAAGUGGUAUCAGCGGCUAUUAGAUGCUGGCGUUGAGGAAAACGGGAUCCAACCAGUACCUCUCAAUGAGCGGACCAAUACCAACUACAGCAAUCUCUUCACCGUUUUCUUCACAAGUCUGCUUUGCUUAUUGCCGAUCCCAACCGGCGCCUUAGCCACAGCUCAGCUCGGACUGAGUCUGAGGGAUGCCUCACUGGUCAUCGUCUUCUUCGCUUUGUUGACCUGUGUGCCUCCAGCAUUCAUGGGCAUCGCUGGCUCGCAUACCGGACUCAGGCAGCUUGUCCAAGCUAGGUAUUCGUUUGGAUACUAUCUUGUGGGCAUUCCUCUCCUUCUCAACGCCGCGACUGUGACCGGAUUCUCUCUCUCGUCUUCGAUUGUUGGCGGCCAAACUCUCGCGGCCGUUAACCCGGGACACAUUGAUGUCAAGAUCGGGAUCGUCAUCGCCUGCCUUGUAAGCUUUGCAGCUUCGUUCAUUGGGUAUCGCGCGCUCCACAUGUGGGAACGCUGGCAAUGGCUUCCGAACCUCGUUGCAAUUGUCAUAGCCGUAGGUUGCGGUGGGAAACAUCUGUGGAAACAGGCCGAGACGUCGCCUCCAACAGCAGCUCAGAUACUCAACUACGGAGGUCUGAUGGCCGGUUACUUCAUAACCUUUGGCGGUACUGCAUCGGACUUCACUGCGUACCACAACCCCAACAAGACAACCAAGUUCAGGAUCUUUUCCUACAUAUACCUCGGGAUCUUGACACCCUCGGUCCCGCUGCUUAUCUUAGGAGCGGCGAUUGGAGGUGCUCUCAACAAUGUCCCCGAAUGGAAGUUGGGAUGGGACACGUAUGGCAUUGGCGGCGUCAUGGCAGCUAUGUUGGCUCCUGCUGGCGGCUUUGGCAAAUUCGUACUGGUUGUCCUCGCACUGAGCGUGAUUGGCAACAUCGCGACGUCCAUGUACUCCGUUGCUCUCUGUAUGCAGCAGAUGCUCCCGGUCUUCACAAAGGUCCCUCGCAUUGUCUUUGUCGUCGUUGCGCUCGGAAUCAUGAUUCCCAUGGCAAUCCGCGCUGCUGAGUCGUGGGCCGAUUCUCUCGAGAACUUCUUGGGCUUGAUCGGUUACUGGGCCGGCUGCUUCGACGCUGUCAUUAUUGAAGAACUAGUGUUGUUCCGUCGAAUGAACUACAGCUCGUACGACCCUGCAGCGUGGAACGUUGCCCGACUAUUGCCUUCCGGACUCGCUGCCCUUGGAGCGAGCCUGCUGAGCUUCGGGCUCAUCAUACCAGGGAUGGAUCAGGCCUGGUACACUGGUCCGAUCGCGAGAGUGACCGGAGAUAUAGGCUUCGAGUCCGCGUUUGUUCUGACGGCAAUUUCCUAUGCACCCUUGAGAUGGCUGGAAAUCAGGAAGCGAGGACACGUCUAG